AUAAUAAAUAUGAUGAGAUAAUGGAAUUGGCAGCAUAAACUAUUUUCCAUUUGGUAAUACGGGAAUGAGAGAUAAUUGGUGUCUAAUACUGUCUAUUGUGUGUGCGUUGUUGUAAAUUGAGUAAUAUCUUUCAAGUUUUUUUUUUAUCAGUAUUCAGUACUCAAUCAUACUUUUGAUCGUGCUGUAUACUUUUACGAAUACUGGCAAUUAAUUCGAUAACUACGAAAAUGUUAAAAAUCACUGAUGGAAUAGAAAACAUUAAUAAUUGAAUUAUUCCAACAUUUUUUGAAACAAUUUGAUUCUAUCAAUAUGACUACUGAGAUCAAUGGAGACUUCAACAUUAAUGAUGGACAUAUCAAAGUCCAAACAGCAAAACCAGGGCAAACAAGUUUUGCAAAUUGUGAUAAAAUGACUAUUAAAACUACUAGAGUUAAUGAAGACAAACCACUAUUAACUGGUACAGCUACACUCUACAACGAAAAUGGAAGUAAUUUCCUCUCUUCAACUCCUAGAAUAUUACCUAAUACAAACAUUUCUAGUGGUCCAGUGAGUGAAUCAUUGGAAAAAAAUAGCGUUAAUAGUGGAUUAACAUCAGAUUAUAAUCCAUUACUAAACCGACAAUUAGAAAACCCUACAUCGAAUUUUGAUACCAUGAUACAUUUAUUAAAGGGAAAUAUUGGUACUGGAAUUUUAGCUAUGCCUGAUGCGUUCAGAAAUUCAGGAUGGGUUGUAGGUUUAAUAUGUACUUCACUUUUGGGAGCUAUUUGCACACAUUGUAUGCAUAUGUUGGUACGGUGUUCUCAUGAGUUGUGUGUCAGAACACAAAGACCAUCUCUUUCAUUUCCUAAUGUCGCAGAAAUGGCUUUUGAAUAUGGCCCGCCCAAAUUACAAAAAUAUUCAUCAGUUGCCAGUAAAUUUAUUAAUACUUUCUUAGUUAUGACUCAACUGGGCUUUUGUUGCGUGUACUUUUUGUUUGUAGCCACUAAUUUACAAGAAGUGAUAACUCAUUACUUUUCUAUAAAAAUGUCUGUUCAGUCAUAUUUGCUUAUAUUAUUGGUGCCAAUGAUAUUUUUGAAUUGUGUGAAGAGUCUAAAGUAUCUAACUCCGGCAUCUUUUUUAGCAACCAUAUUGACUGUGAUUGGAUUAGGAAUUACUUUUUUCUACUUACUUCAAGGGCUUCCAAAGACAUUAAAUGUCAAAGCUUUUUCAUCUUGGCAACAAUUACCCCUUUAUUUUGGAACUGCAGUAUAUGCAUUUGAGGGCAUUGGAAUGGUUUUACCAUUAGAAAAUAAUAUGAAAAAUCCUGAAUCUUUUGGUGGAAUGACUGGUGUUUUAAAUACUGGAAUGGUUAUUGUAACCAUCUUAUAUACAUCAAUUGGAUUUUUUGGAUAUUUGCGAUACGGAGAAGCUGUUAAAUUAGGAAGUAUUACAUUGAAUCUUCCUGCUGAAGAUUUAUUAGCUCAAUGUGUCCGGGUAGCAAUGGCAUUUUCAAUAUUUUUGUCUUAUGGUCUUCAAUUCUAUGUUCCAAUUGGUAUUAUAUGGCCUGCUUUAAAAGGAUAUUUCCACUCACAGUCUAGUCAACGUAAUGCUGAAUUGAGUAUCAGAGUGUUUCUCGUCACACUAACAUUUGCUUUAGCUGCUGCCAUUCCAAACCUAUCAGCAAUCAUUUCAUUAGUUGGAUCAUUUAGCAGUUCAGCAUUAGCUUUAAUAUUUCCACCUAUUAUUGAAAUUAUGACAUUUUGGGAUCAUUGCUCUGGCAAAGAGUUUACGCUGAUGUUGAUUAAAGAUAUUAUUAUUAUUAUAAUCGGUUUUCUUGGAUUUGGUUUUGGAUCGUAUGCUAGUUUAUGGAAUAUUAUUGAACCCGUAAGCAGUUAAUUUAGCAUUGGGUAUAAAAAUGCUUCAAAUAUCCACCAGUAUUUCAAUUAUUGAUCUUGAUAAUUUAUUGUCUUCCUAAAUCAAUUAUAAUUUUAAUUUUUUUUUUUUAAUUAUAUG